CACAUCUCUCCAACAGGUGGCACAGGCAGCAGCUGCAGCUUCACUCAGCAGGAACCACAGCCCAGGCAAAAUGAAGCUUUUGAUUAGCAUCGUUUUUUGCUUCCUGGUCCUGGGAGUUAACAGCCAAAGAUGGGGCGAAUUCCUCAAGCAAGCUGGUCAAGGGACUAGAGACAUGUGGCGAGCUUACUCUGACAUGCGGGAAGCCAAUUACAAAAAUUCAGACAAGUACUUCCAUGCCCGAGGGAACUAUGACGCUGCCCGAAGGGGACCUGGGGGUGCCUGGGCUGCUAAAGUGAUCAGUAAUGCCAGAGAGAAUAUUCAGAGAUUGACAGGCCAUGGAGCAGAGGACUCGAAGGCUGACCAGUUUGCCAACGAAUGGGGCCGGAGUGGCAAAGACCCCAAUCACUUCAGACCUGCUGGCCUGCCUAAGAAGUACUGAGUGUCUUCUCUCUGCUCUCCAGAAAUCUAGCUGUGAACUGACAGCAGASAAAUUUGUUGAAGUAGUUACUGAAUUCUUUAUGCCUAAUACUAGAACACAUAAAAGUGCUUAAUAAAUGCUCAUGAA